GCGGCGAUACGGACGAGGUGUUAUUGCCAGUGGACAUGAGAAAGAAUUUUAUUCACACCGUUAAACCGAGUCGGACACGUUUCUACACUCGGCCGCGUAUUGCGUUCUCUCCAAGUAACCAGCGUCGACGUCGGUUUUUUUAUUUCACGCCUUCCAACGUCUGGGUGCCACGAAAUGUUCACGUUGUAGCUCGCUCGCUAACCGACCAGCUGGCUAACCGAGAGCAGCGCCUAGCUAGCUAGCCAUCCAUCACAGCCAAGCCGCCGUGAAGUGUAGAAUGGGAGAAAAGCUGGAGCUCAAGCUCAAAUCGCCGGUCGGAGCAGAACCCGCUGGCUACCCGUGGCCUUUACCAGUAUAUGAUAAACAUCAUGAUGCUGCUCAUGAAAUCAUUGAGACCAUACGGUGGGUGUGUGAGGAGAUCCCAGACCUCAAACUGGCAAUGGAAAAUUAUGUUCUCAUUGACUACGACACAAAAUGCUUCGAGAGUAUGCAGAGACUGUGCGACAAGUACAACAGGGCCAUCGACAGCAUUCAUCAGCUAUGGAAGGGGACCACCCAGCCCAUGAAGCUGAACAAGCGUCCAUCCAACGGACUGCUAAGACACAUCUUACAGCAGGUGUACAACCACUCAGUGACUGACCCGGAGAAGCUGAACAACUAUGAGCCUUUCUCCCCUGAGGUGUACGGAGAGACGUCUUUUGACCUGGUGGCUCAGAUCAUUGACGAGAUGGAAAUGAUGGAAGAUGACACCUUUGUUGACCUCGGAAGUGGAGUAGGACAGGUAGUGCUGCAGGUUGCAGCAGCAACUAACUGUAAACACUACUAUGGAGUGGAGAAAGCAGACAUUCCAGCCACCUAUGCAGAGUCCAUGGAUAAAGAAUUUAAAAAGUGGAUGAAAUGGUAUGGGAAGAAACAUGGGGAAUACACACUGGAGAGAGGGGAUUUUCUCUCUGAGGAAUGGAAAGAAAGAAUUGCCAACACAAGUAUUAUUUUUGUGAAUAACUUUGCCUUUGGUCCAGAGGUAGAUCACCAGCUGAAGGAGCGCUUUGCAAACAUGAAGGAAGGUGGAAAAAUAGUUUCCUCCAAACCUUUUGCACCUUUAAAUUUUAGAAUAAACAGUCGAAACUUGAGUGAUAUUGGCACAAUAAUGCGUGUGGUGGAGCUUUCUCCACUGAGGGGCUCUGUGUCCUGGACUGGCAAACCAGUUUCCUAUUACUUGCACACCAUAGACCGCACCAUACUUGAAAACUAUUUUCAUACUCUCAAAAAUCCUAAACUCAGGGAGGAGCAAGAGGUUGCUCGGCGACGUCAGCAGAAAGACACAAAGGACAAUAAAAGCAAUAGUACCACGCCCACAAAACCGAAAGAACAAAACAAGCAACAGGACUCCUGUGGGGAGGAAGAGCGUCCUAGCCUGGUGACAGUGGUCAAGCCCCCCGCCAAACCCAGGAGAACCCGGCUCUUGUCCAAAGGUCGAAAGUUGAACAACAAGAAGCGUGGCCGACCCAAGAAAGCUGCCCCGGCUGCCGAGAAGAAAAACAAGAAGAAUCAGAGCGCGCUGGACUUGCUGCACGCCAAGACCCUUUCUGCAGCACCCCCCCAGGAUGCAUACCGGCCACCUCAGAGUCCCUUCUAUCAGCUACCUCCCAAGGUCCAGCACUAUCCCUCUAGUCAACUGCUGCUGAGCCCGACUCCACCUGGUCUGCAACAACUGCUAGAUAACAUCAAAGUUCAGUACAUCCAGUUUAUGGCCUACAUGAAGACUCCUCAGUACCGCACCAACCUGCAGCAGCUUUUAGAACAGGAGAAGCAAAAACACAGGGAUCUAUCGGGACAGGCAGAGCAACUCCACUCUGUCUGUCACUCUCACAAGGACAGAAUCAAAGGUCUCUUUCAGACUAAACUAGAUGAGCUGGGAGUGAAAGCCCUGACUGCGGAAGACCUGCUGCAGGCCCAGAAGGAGAUAUCGGCUCACAACCGUCAGCUGAAAGAGCAGACCAAACAGCUUGAGAGAGACAUGGCCUUACUGAGAGACCACAGCCUGCUACUGUUGAAAUCUCGAUGUGAGGAGCUGAAUCUGGAUUGGGGCUCUUUGUGUUUAGAGAGUCUGUUGAAGGAGAAGCAAGCACUGCGCAGACAAAUAUCUGAGAAACAGAGACACUGUCUGGAGCUGCAGAUCAGCAUUGUGGAGCUUGAGAAAAGUCAGAGGCAACAGGAGCUGCUCCAGCUCAAGUCGUACAGCCCCUGUGAUGGCUCCCCAUACAGGAAGAGCCUGGAAUCACGCUCUUCCACAGACUUGGACUCCUCAAAGCUCGGCCUGUCCUCUGGCCCAGCCCUCAAUGGUGUCAGCCCAGAGCUUUCAAUUAAUGGCAGCAGCUCAUGUUUCGACCGCGCCAGCUCAAAGGGAGAGCUUCUUUCGCGCUACCUGCCCAUCUCUCCCGAACACGAGAUCGUACCCGCUGCCCCUGACGCUCGGCAGAGGCAGCAAAGCUCCUUUCACACUCUUCCUGACUACACACGCUUCUCCCCGGCCAAGAUUGCCUUGCGGCGGCACCUUAACCAGGACCCCACAGCCUCAAUAUACCUAAGAGGUCCGGGUCUGACCAUGCACAGGGAAUUUGUUGGUGUUAACUCACCACUUGGAGCCAAACAGAACUGCCUCUCUCCCAAUGCAUUGGAUACACAGAAGAGUUCAGACAGGGGUUGUAAAGAGAGGAGUCCAUCUGUUCAGGUUGAUAACAGCAUCACAAGCCUUCCAAUUAGCAUCCCCCUGAGCACUGUCCACCCAAGUAAACUACCUGUCAGCAUUCCACUGGCCAGCGUGGUGCUACCCAGCCGAGUUGAGAGACUGAGAAGCACUCCCAGUCCCGUCUCCCAGUCAGGCCAGACUAAUGGAUAUUCUUCCAGCUCAGGGAUGAUGAAUGGAGUUCCCCACCCUGAGGACCAUAAUGGUGCUUCUUCAUCACCUCUUCCACACAGCAAUGCUUCUCUGACGGGAUCCAUAGGUCGAGGAGGUCCCAUCCAAAGCCCCCCACUCAGUACUGGAGGGGUUCUCCAAUAUGCAGACGGACCACCAAGGAUUCUUCCAGAAGACGGACAAGACCGCCAGGGAGGUGAAUCUGACACUGAGCCCCAGGAUAGUGAACUGCGGAGGAGAAUCUUCUUCUCCUCGUCCUCCUCAUCCACGUCUUCCACUUCGUCAGGCAGUGGAGGCAGCAUGGCCGGAGGAUCACGCCUCCAUCAUCACACUGGCAACUCAGCCAAGCAGGGAUACCACAGUAACCAUGGAAACCACCAUCACCAGUCGCCUGGCACACAGUACACACAAAACCCAACACAUAUGCUGUCGUCACAUUCCUCUCACGGCCUCGGCUCUCAGGAGGGACGCAAGCGUGGGAGACGAAAACGCAGCUCUGCGGGGCCUGUGACGGCCAGCGGAUCCCCAAAGAGGAGGUCGUUCCCUGGUCUCAGCUCCAACAACCACUCCUCAGGAUCACCACUCAAUAUUAACACCAUGGUCAACAACAUCAACCAGCCUCUGGAGAUCUCUGCCAUCUCCUCACCAGAACAAUCAAGCCGUAGCCCCAGUGGGCCUGACAUGGACCAGCCUCCCAUCUUGAAGAGAGAGCGGCCCUUGGAGCUCAAUGGCACAAGUCGUUACUCCUCGCCCCCCAGCUCAGAUGACGAUGACUCAGGAUACCCAGCUGACAGCUCUAGUUCUCGAAUUGAAAGAAAAAUUGCUACUAUAUCCUUGGAGAGCAGGGAUGGACCAAGUAGAUUAGGGGAUAAUGAAAGAGGCAGAAAAUCUGGUAGCAGCAGUGGAAACAGCACAGGUAGUGAUGGCUCCUCUUCAUCCUCCUUGUCCUCUACCAGCAAAUGGAAAUCGACUUUUUCACCUAUAUCAGACCUAAAGCAACCCAACUCUGACCUUAGACAGGGGGGCUCCCCUUUCGGCAUGGGGGGGUCAAGCCGGGGGACAGACUCAGAUUCUGACCACAAACAACAACAUCAGCAAGUGAGAAAAGGGAGUGACGGAGAGUCGUCCAGCUACAUGACCCCCAAUCCCUUCCUCAGUCAGGAGGCAGGGACCCGAAGUGGAGGCAGCGGAGCUCAAGGAGGUGGCAGCUCAGAACAGCGCCAGGCCAUCCAGAAGCAGAAGACCCCCCGUGACUGGGAUCUGAAGACGAGCAGCAGCAGCCCGGCCAGUCAGAACCUCUUCAUCUCUGCAGCUGCUAACAGUGGAGGGGGAAUUCUGAGUGGGAAGGUGGGCGGCAGCCCUGUAGCAGUUUCCUCAACCACGGGGUCGUCUGUGGGACAGUACCUGGGGUCUCAGUUCCCGCUUGGCGGGGCAUCAGUGUUACAAUCCUUGUUCGGGGCCCAGACUGGCGGGUCAACAGUGUCUGGGACCGCGCGGCUCAUCAAUGGACACUCUGCCAUGGGAAGCUUCUCCAGUGCAGGGCUGGCAGGGGGAGCGGCUGGAGGUAUAUUUCACCACGUGCUUCCAACAAUGUCCUCCCAUCAGUUUGGGGCAGCGCUGCCCGCUUCUGGAGGCCUCAGCUCUCUGCUCAGUCUCUCCUCCUCUUCCUCUACCUCCUCCCAAACCCAGCAGCACACCUCCCCCCAGCCACUCUCCACACGCCUGACAUCCUUGUCUUCACCUCUCCCGCUCUCACAGGCUCAGCACGGCCGCACUCAGUCAGUGCUGCACAGCCCCUCUCCUCCCACGCUUUCCCUGCCCCCUCCACCGCCCCUGCACAGCGUCCCCUCCUCCUCAGCACCCAUGCACUCUGAUGCCCCACCAUCGUCCCGGUCAGACCCCCUCUACUCCUCCCGUCUAUCCCAUUCUUCUCUCCAUCACCAGAGAUCACAGUCAUCCCUCUCUCACUCCAUCUCCUCCUCCACCUCUGCUUCUGUCUCUGCUGCCGCCGCCGCUGCCUCCCUCUCCUCUUCCUCCCUGUCCACCUCGUCCUCGUCUCGUCCAUUCACAGUGCACUACUCCCCUCGGCUGCCCCCUCCACCGCCAGCCACAAGCUCAGGUGGUGGCGGAAGCAUGUGGAGGACUCAGGGUAUGCAUGUAAACUACAUCACCUCCCAGCUCCCCGGCUCCCGACCUAGAUAGGGUUUUGGGGAGGGAAGGGGAGGUGGGAGAAUGCAGAGGGGGGAGGGAAAGGGGCAAACAGAAGGUGGAGAGAGGCAGAGAAAGAGAGAGACUGGUAGGGAGUGAGAGACAGGAUACCUGUUUUUCCCGUGAUCCUACAAGCUGUUGUUCUGAUUGAACAAGGUAACUGAUGAAAACUACCUCAACAAAAAAUGAACUAUGCAAAUGUCCUUGUGCGGACCAAGGCACUCUCCUCACUCACUGGUGCUUCAAAUUAUCUGCACUACCCAACAGCCUGCAAGACCGGCCUCUUAAGUGGGAUCUCUGAUACACAUUCUCACACACACACACACACACACUAACCACCACCACCACCACCACUAUGGUUAGCUUGAGCAGAAUUCAUUGGUACUGGUCAUGUAAAUGUGAGUGUUGUUGGCAGAUUAUGGUGGUUUGAGCUCAGUACUGGCUGCUGCCCAGCACUGACUGACCUGAAUGAUUCAUUUGUUUAACCUUAAAGCCCUCAACCUUAUGAUAGGUUGUCAUUUAUUUGUCCAAGUCACGACUAUAGCAACUAGUGUUCGGCUAAAUAAUCAGUUCUGAUCGAUUUCAUGUAACAAUUAACAACCGAUAAAAGCACACAGUCCAACUUUCUAGCGCUGAAUCUAAUCUGGUGUCAUCCUCUGUCCAAAUUUCAAUUUGUGUGUGUGCACACAUUAAAACAAACACAGGCCAGUUCACUGAACUCUGCUCACAUGUCAUGCAGCCUUUCCUCUCUGCAUGCAUGCUCUAUUGCUUGUUUUCUUCCUUCAGUAAAAUUCAGUGUUUGUUGAAGCAUAUUUGACGAACUGAGGAACUUUAUAUUUCGGUCUAACUUCACACUGGAUGGUAAGAUAGUUACUCGUGUAGCAAAAACACUCUGGCUGGAUUAUUGACACCCCAUAAACUCUGAUUAUGUGAAUGAUUUUCUCUAUUUUUUUUCUAUUCACUUUAAGGUCUGCCAAACCAUUUAAUUCACAUUGUUAGUAAUGGAAACUGUUUCAGUGUUUUAUCUUCUAACAUCAGAUAUUUAACAUAUCAAUGAAAGUUUCUCUAGUGACAAUAAUCAGGUGCAUUUCACAUUCUCUAACGGACACAUGAAGAGUUUGAGGGAACAUCUGUGUGUAAAUGAACCUUUCACAGAAAAUGAUCUGACGUCAAACUCACUUUUGGUGAAUUAUUUCCAGGGGUGAAAACAACACUGAGUCGGUCUCAUUACCACAGUACAUUUUAAUGCUUUUUUUAAUAAGACCAAUGGAAUUUGAUUUAAUGAGAUGGUGCUCUGUGUUUUUUGUGUAUUGUCAGCCACACUUAUGGAAUCCCAGGUCAGGGGGGCGUGGCUGCAAGUAAAACUGAAUCCAGGUGUAAAAGAUAAAAUAGUAAAACCACAGACGAUUGAACUUAUUGUAUUUGUGAAUAUUUCCUCCUCUGGUCAGUUUGAUAAGUCACACUAAUCUGUGGAACCACAGCAGGAAUUUUUUAACUUUUCUCAUCCUAAACUUAUUCAUAUUUAUCUCUGCUGUCGCAGGUUUAAGCAAAAUGUUGGUUUAUACAUUUUACAACACACAAAAGACAGAUACACACUCGCGCAAGCAAACCCUCACACACUGGGAAACACAUAACCACAACAAACUACUGGACUCUUUUCACACCUUUUUGUUUGUUUUUUAUUGUGUAAUUUGUUAUUUUUGUAAACAAUGUUUGUACUGUGAACGUGAUACAUGCUCCAGCUGUAUAGUUGUGUAUAAUUUAGAUGAUUAUAUUUAUGCCAUCAGUCUCUUCUUUUGCCUUGGUAUUUGUUUCUCUUUAUUUUUUCUUUAAUCCUGAAUUGUGUCGACAGUGUAGAAUGCAAUAGUGUGUGUACUUGACUCAGUCUGAAAACCAUGGUGCUAAAUUUGGACUGUGCCUGAUUUUAUUUAUUUUCUAUUAAUGAAAACAUAAAAAUAAUUCGAACACUUGGUGCUGUACACAGGGACAUUUAUAAAAGCCUUUUUUUAGGCAUUUCCUUUUCUCCUAUUUAAUGUGCUUUUGUCUUUGAACGCCUCGUGUACAAGUGUAGACGCCAUCUUGAGAUGGAUACUGUGUAAACAGGGGCCUCUCUUCAUGUUACUCACACAGCUGUUUUAACAUGUGUCCGGCCAAUUUCUCAAUAGUAAGUCACAUAUCUGUAGGUUAACUAGACACACUGAUUUUGUACAUACGUUUUUCUUUUUUUUAUCCCCUUGUUUGUCUCCAGCAUAAAACAGAAAGCUAUAUAAGAUAAGUCUCUAUAUACAGUCUAUAUGUAUAAAUGAGUAAAUAUAUAUAUAAGUGAAUAGGGGUAUUUUGGUGCUGGCAUUGCAACCCCUUAAAUAUAACCUGUUAAACAGGAGGCUUGAAGCCGGGGAAGAGCGAAGCUUUGCCAUUGCACAACCUUAAUGGAGGGCGUCUUAAAAACACACGCCAGAGAACUAGAAAAUCACAAACUGUGUAAUCAACACACAAAGGUGCUUUGACUGGAACAUAACUAGAUUCCAGCUCUAGAACUGUUAUCUUGAUUUUUACCAGAAGUUUUCAUGUCUGUUUUUAUUUCCUUUUUUAUAUAUAUAUAUAUAUAUAUAUAUAUAUACCAAUCCAGAUUCUGCAGGAAAAAUGGUGCUUCUGUUUCCAGACAAUGAAAUCUUUACUGGUGCUUAAAGUGACUGUCUUACUGACAAGGCCCUCCCAUAUAGUGUAAGCAUACUGUGAGACAUGCUGAUGUAAAACACUUGUGUUAGCGUGUGUGUGAGCAGCAAAGCUUCUUUUUCUGAUAGUGGGAUACACUUACGCUCAUUGUGUGUGGUUUUCUGUUCCCACUUGAUGGUGCAUAUCUAAGGGAGCUUAGACUAAUAAUAAUCAAAGCUUUAUAGUAAACUCCUGUCCUGUGCACUCACUGCGCGAGCACGAGCGUGUUUUCAGAGAGACGUUUUAGAACAUAACUAGAGACAAUAGAGUCCGUUUGUUACCAGCACUGAGAACUCAUUUGUAAUUAUUGUCUGACGCUAUGAUUUUUCAUAUUCUUGAUGUUUGAUACGAUUACAAUUUCAUGUUCUGCUUCUAACUGUGUCUUCAGAUUCCUGUCGGUUUUUUAAUACUACUUGUCAGAACAGACAGCACGGUGCUCUCCUUCACUUAAAACAAGGAAACUGCAGCUAUUCAUACGAAAACAUUGCUCGUCCCCUGUUGUGCUGCAGGGUUUCAUGGGUAACGAUAGUCAACACGAGCUCGCCUGGCGGCUUUCUGGAUAAUACAGUCUAACCUAGAGACGUUUCUCUCACGUCGAGUGGGGGGGGUGGGUUGUGAUGUGUGUGACGGUGAGAAUAGUUCAUGGACACACUUAUUUUACACAGAUUUGAACCCGCCUCUUGUAUAAUCACUGAAAGGGGUGAGGUGAUGUGAUCGAAGUCCUUUGGUGCAUGAGCAUGAUUGGACCUUAAAGCCUAGAUGCAGUUCUCCAGCUUCAUCCCCCUCCUGGGACAUGAACGCACGAUAACCUUGGAGAGCUGUAGAGCCGAGGCUGUUUACUCUAAAUCCUGCCAAAGGUCUGAAACUCAGGAACUUCCCAGGAUGCUUGUAAUGAUUCAAAAGAUUUAAACUACAGCACGCCACAAGCUUAUUCACCAUCUCGUGGCGUGAUUAAGUCCCUCAGUACUCUUCCCCCAAACUCAGGACCAGGACAAGCUCCUCAUUAAGUGUAUGUCGGGGUAACAAUUAAGUCAGGUCUCCUCAGAUUUAUUCUCACUGUCACAGACAUGCAGCCUCUCCGCUGAAACGCAGCUUUAAUUGGCUUUAGAGAGUCGUUCAGAUCUGGAGAAACUGUGACUUUCAGCCACGACUUUCAGCAUCUUCCUCAUCUCACAAAGCCUCUGUCUGAUAUGUGUCUCUAAAGAAGGAGGUCCACCGUCCUCUGUUGAGUUGAACUGAUGUUAAAAGAGCCGAGCGUGAACCGCAGUCUGUGUAUCGUGAACCGCAGUCCGUGUAUCGUGAUCUCUGAUUGGUGAAGCCAGGGCAGGUUUGAGGUGCAAUAACGGCAAACCUAUUUCCCAAAAGGCCCCGGGUUUUCAUGGAAAACUUGUUACUGUUCGAUGUCGGUGCUUUUAUCCUAAGAUGUUAUAUUGAAACAAAUGGAAUUAAUGGGUUUUUUUCUGCGUUUUAUGAUUAUUAAUAAAAAUGUUUCUUAAAAUAUUUGAAUUCA